AUGGCUCCCAAAUUCGAUCCCAACGAGGAGAAAAUCAUCCACCUCCGCGCCACCGGUGGUGAGAUUGGUGCUUCGUCCGCGCUCGCGCCCAAGAUCGGUCCGCUUGGUCUGUCGCCGAAGAAGGUCGGUGAAGACAUCGCCAAGGCAACGGGUGACUGGAAAGGUCUUCGUGUCACCGUGCGCCUGACCAUCAAGAACCGUCAAGCCGCCGUCUCUGUUGUGCCCUCCGCCAGCUCGCUAGUCAUCAAGGCGCUGAAGGAGCCGCCGCGCGACCGCAAGAAGGAAAAGAAUAUCAAGCACACGAAGUCCAUCCCCCUUGACGAGAUCAUCGAGAUCGCCCGCACGAUGAGGUACAAGUCCAUGUCGCGUGAGCUCAAGGGUACCGUCAAGGAGAUUCUCGGAACUGCGUUCUCCGUGGGCUGCCAGGUUGACGGCAGGAGCCCGAAGGCCAUCAACGAUGACAUCGACAAUGGGGAGAUUGAGAUUCCUGACGAGUAA